AUGGCAAUUAAGGUAGUAUUUGGAGGGAGCACUCUGAAUGUCAUUAGCGCUUACGCAUCGCAAACGGGCUUGGACAAGGAUGUAAAAUGGCACUUCUGGGAGGCACUGGAUGAGGUGGUGCGGGGUAUUCCGCCGACGGAGAAGCUAUUCAUAGGAGGAGAUUUUAAUGGUCAUAUUGGGUCGUCUGCUAGUGGCUAUGGUAAGGUGCACGGUAGUUUCGGCUUUGGUGAUAGGAACGAGGGUGGUACCUCACUGUUGGGUUUCGCUAGAGCUUUUGAGUUGGUGAUCGUGAACUCUAUGUUUCCGAAGAGGGAGGAACAUUUGGUUACUUUUUGGAGUAUGGUGGCUAAGACUAAAAUUGACUAUCUCCUCCUCAGGAGGUGUGAUAGGGGGUUGUGCGAGGAUUUCAAGGUGAUCUUGAGUGAGAACCUCGCAACUCAACAUAGGCUCCUACUGAUGGACGUCGGUAUUUUGAUAAAGAGGAAGAAGAGGUUUGUACGGGGUCCAUUGAGUAUCAGGUGA